CAGGAGCGCGUCACCGCUUCUGAGGAGUUAAGUUAGUGUGAACCGGCGGUGUGUUUUAGUUGUUGUUCCUCCACAAAAAUCCAACUUCAGCAAGAAAAUCACGGCAAUACGAGCGGCGGAGGCACCUUCACCUCCGUUCCUACGGUCGACAGUUGCCCUCCAGCUGUUGUGGUGUUUGUUUGGGACCCACAGAUCGACCCAGACUGGUGCUAAGGGACAGCAGCUGACUUGUCCUCACACAUUUUGCCUCUGCGCUGUAUGUGCGGCAAUAACAUGUCAGCGCCUUUACCUGCCAUUGUGCCUGCUGCCCGUAAAGCCACUGCGGCGGUGAUUUUUCUGCAUGGCCUUGGUGAUACGGGGCAUGGCUGGGCAGAAGCUUUCGCAGGCAUCCGGCUGCCACAUGUGAAAUACAUCUGUCCACACGCUCCCACCAUGCCUGUUUCCUUGAACAUGAGGAUGUCCAUGCCUUCUUGGUUUGAUAUCUACGGCUUGAGCCCAGAUGCAGAUGAAGAUGAGACUGGAAUUAAAAGAGCUUCAGAGAACAUUAAAGCCUUGAUAGACCAAGAAGUGAAGAAUGGGAUACCUUCACACAGAAUUAUCCUGGGUGGAUUUUCACAGGGUGGAGCACUGUCUCUCUACACGGCUUUGACAACCCAGCAGAAGCUAGCCGGUGUGGUCGCUCUCAGCUGCUGGCUCCCUCUCCGCAAGUCCUUCCCUCAGGCCUCCGCCAACAGUGCUAACAAGGACAUGCAUGUCCUACAAUGCCACGGGGAUUCGGACCCCCUGGUCCCCUUUAUGUUUGGCAGCCAGACAGCCGAGAAGAUGAAAAGCCUCAUCAAUCCGUCCAACAUCACCUUCAAGUCGUACCGAGGUCUACCUCACAGCGCCUGUCCAGAGGAAAUGGUGGAUGUUAAACGAUUCAUAGAGAAGCAGCUUCCUGCCAUCAGCAACGAGUGAACUCCGGAGUAGACGCACGACCGCACAGCAACAUCUGAGUCCUUUGGGCUUGACUCCAGUGAGGGGACUCCACGGACUUGAGGAACCACUGACUUACUUGACAACAAAACCACGCUGCUACUCUUAGAGCCAGACAGGACUGGGGCUACACGUUAGCCCGGGGCAGGCAUGACUGUAAACGAUGCUGCACCCUGACCUGGAGCCACACACCAGUACUCAGUGUUACAGUAGAGUAACAUUAGUUGCUUGAUUGUUAAGAUAUUUGACAUUGAGACAAGCCAUUUCCUGCGGGAAACGUAUGUAUUGGAAUGACUAGGGCUAUAUGGUUUAAUACCGACUAUCUCACAAUAAAUGGCCUGUUGUUAAAUGUU